AGUUCUUUUUUGGUGUAGUCAAAAUGUUCUAUAUUUAUAAAUUUAGUUUUGUAAAUUAGUCGUAAAUAUUGGUUGUACGUUUUAAUUAUUUUAUUUCAUAAUGUCUACAUCAAAAAUGCAAGAGUCUGGAAUUGUACCAGAAGUUAUUGAUGUUGCACCUGAUGAGAUUUUGCAAGUUACUUACCCAAGUGGAGUGAAGGUUGACCAAGGUAAUAAUCUAACACCAACUCAAGUUAAAGACCAGCCUUCAUUGUUGUGGGAUGCUGAUGAAAAUUCACUUUACACAAUUCUGAUGACAGAUCCAGAUGUGCCAGAAAAAAUUAAAGAGGCUAUGCAUUGGUUAGUUGUUAAUAUUCCUGGAAAUAAACUAUCCAAAGGCCAGUGUGUAAUGGAAUAUGCUGGCUCAGGACCACCUUUAGGAUCUGGCAAACAUCGUUAUAUUUUUUUGGUUUUCAAACAAACUAAUGAAAUUAAAACAAAUGUUUAUGUUUCAAAUACGAAAAUAGAAGGACGAUUUAAAUUGAAGACACGUGAUCUUAUUAAGGAAUAUAAUUUAGGGAACCCCAAGGCUGGUAAUUUCUAUCGGGCGGAAUAUGAUGAUUAUGUCCCUAUUUUACAUUCACAACUCAAUUGAAUUUAAUUCUAAAAAGAUAUUGAUAAUGUGUAAUUAAAUAACAAAACACAAGUUCAAGAAGAUUAUCAACGUAAUUUUAAUUAUAAAUUAUGUAUACAAAUUAAUAAAUACUGAAAAUAA